GCUGGCGCGCAGGCGCAGUGCGGGCGGCGGCCGGCGCGGGGCGCAGCGGGCGGGGCGGUGCCGGGGGUCGGUGGCGGCGCGAGCGGCUCCGCCGGGAAGAUGGACGAGUUCCAGACGGGAGAGGAGGCUGCUUUCCUUGUUGAUGAAGUCAGCAACAUCAUUAAAGAGGCCAUAGAGGGCGCUAUCGGUGGCAACGCCUACCAGCACAGCAAAGUGAACCAGUGGACAACAAGUGUGGUGGAACAAACCCUGAGCCAGCUCACAAAGCUGGGGAAGCCCUUCAAGUACAUCGUGACCUGUGUGAUUAUGCAAAAGAACGGUGCUGGGCUACAUACAGCAAGUUCUUGCUUCUGGGACAACUCCAGUGAUGGAACGUGCACUGUGAGAUGGGAGAAUAAGACCAUGUACUGUAUUGUCAGUGCCUUUGGACUUGCACUAUAAUUGCCUUGAAAUUCUUUAUUCUUCUCUUUUCUAUUCCAGCACUUGAUUCCAUCUCCACUUAAACUGUGAAUACCUGAACAACUUGUUUUUAAUACAUUUUUUAAGCAACUUUUCUUCAAAGGUAGAAAUUUGGAAACAUGCCGUUACCCGUUUUAUGUUUGUACCUAGUACCAUAUCAGUUUUUUCUAUACUUUUUUAUCACUUCAAAACUUCUCUUCAAGGUGCUAAUACUGAAAUCUGCUGCAGUGUAAACACUUUCUCUAGAUUUCUUUUCUUAGACCAACAUAAAUGAGACACUGACUGUCACACUUUGUACUUUUGGUUAGCAUUAAAUUAUUGAAAUUCAUAA